AUGCUUCGUGGUCUCGUCAGGACAAGUCCCCGACAUCGUCGGCGUCGGCGCUAUCAACUUGGCGGCAUCGCGAGGAAGAUAAGAAUUUACAGCCUCCGCACUUUGCUGCCGCCGGAAGGACAUGCGGGCGGCGCAGCGGCCUUUUACGGCCACUCCACUGCUUGUGACUUCUACAUCUGCACUCCGGCCAAGCUCGGCAGCCUGCAGUGGCUCCCGGCCUCCGGCUGUCGCGUCCUCGGCUCAGGCGACUACGAUGGUGUGGUGACCGAGUCCGACGAGGAGCGGCGCGUCGAGGUGUUCGAGCGCGACGAGCAUGCCGGCCGCCACGUCCGGAGCGUGGAUUACUCGCCCGACGGGAGCUCGGCUCGUCGGGGUGACGCCACCGCUCAGCAGUGGGACACCCGCCGCGGCGGCAAGGGGUGUGUGGGGGUGGCGCGGCCGGGAGCGGCGGUGUGCGGCGUGGAGUUCGAUCCGGGCGGCGGUCCGUGGGUCGGGGUGGGAAGCGACGACCGGCACGCAUACGUGUACGACGUGCGGGCGGUUUCGGCGGGACCGGUGGCGGUGCUCGCUGUGCACGGCCGCGCGGUGACCUACGUAAGGUUUGCCGGGGGGCCGGGGCGGGCGGUGGUGUCGUCGGGGACGGACGGCAGCCACCGGCUGUGGGACUGGGUGGGGGGAGGAGGCGGUGGAGGGGUCGAGGAAGUGCGCGCGUACAGCGGGCACGCGAACGCGCUGCGCUUCGUGGGAAUGUCGGUGUGGCGCACGGGGGGGGGGGCUCGUGUACGACCUCCGGUUGGAGGAGAGCCAAUUUGGGUGCGGGGCUUCGAGGAGCACGGGAGGGAAGCGGAGGGCGGGUUCGUCAGCGCCAUCAGCUGGAGGCAAGCAGGUGAGACGGAGGCGCAGGAGGCAUCAAAAGUUCUCGCCGGCGGAUCGAACGGGGCCUUACAGGCCUUCGUUUGCUUCGAGCGCCGCAUGUUGGGCCAACCUUCCCUUCCUGUGGCCGAAGGAAGGUGGCAUCAAAGUUGGCAACUCGAGCACAGGAGAACGAAAUGGGUUUCAUUUAGAUAGAUUCGACAGCAAAUGAAAACUCGACCAAAAAUUAACAGUGAAUCGAUUCGUCUCGAUGGGUUCCAAUUCGAUGAUUGUAUAUACAACAAGCUAUUAGGC